AUAAACAGCAGAGCAAAGCCUGGCUGAGGCAGUCGGAGUGAAAACACAGAAGAGACGCAUCGUAGAUACAAGACAGAUACAGACACCAAGUCCAAGGAGAGUCUUGACAGCAUCAAGUGGUUUCAGCAACACUUACAUGGUGUUGAUGUGUUCUGUAAGACCCGACAUCGAGCGGCAGUCAUAUGAAAAUAGUGGACCCAAAGCUAAGAACUAGGGAGUCUAGAAGAGACAGAAGCAGACACAUGAAAGCUGAAAUACUUGACUCAACAGGCAGAGACUAAGAGAGCCAAACAUGGCCCGAAUCACUACCGAAGAAAUGUCACGGCACUUCCCAAAAAUUUCAAUGAGUGCGGAGGACGAGAGGGUGCGCGUUAUAGCAGAGAAGGUUUACGCCUCGGCUCUGAAGGAGGAAGACACCAGAGAUGCUAUGGCCCUGUUCACUGUACCGGAGGACUGUCCCAUCGGUCUGCAUGAGGACAGGGAGAGGGCGCUGCAGAAGGAGAUGGCUGAACAUCAGUCUCAAGAGUCUGUUAAAAAGAAGAAGAAUUUCAUGUUGAAGCGUUCCCAGUCGGUAUCUUUACAGAUACCCAUCAGCGGUGAUUGGGCCCUGUCUGCGGUUUCCCCAAUUCUCUCCCCAACCACACCUGAGCCUGUUUUCCAAGAGAGCCUCCCAGACUUCCAGAGAGUUACCAUCAGCGGGGAUUACUGUGCAGGGAUCACAGUUGAGGAUUAUGAGCAGGCAGCUAAGACUCUCCUUCGGGCACUAUUCAUCAGAGAGAAGUACUCCAGGCUGGCCUACCACCGCUUCCCCAGGACCAUUGCCCAGUUCCUUCGCAACGCUGAAAAUGAGAAGUGGCGAGAGGAGGAUGAGAUUUUGCCAGACAUCUGGCCUUUGCCCCAUGAAGGGGAGGACCCAUACUCAAUGGAGGGUAUUCCCGAGGACCUGAACUAUGAGCUGCAGAUCAAGGAUGGCGUAAUUCAUGUUUACGACAAUGCAGAGGCCCUGACACAAGAGCAACCCCACAGCCUCCCUUACCCCGACAUUGAGACCUUUGCCAUAGACCUGAGCCAUGUCCUUGCUAUGAUUGCUGAUGGCCCAACGAAAACCUACUGUCACAGACGGCUGAACUUCUUGGCCUCUAAAUUCUACCUUCAUGAAAUGCUGAAUGAAAUGGCAGAGCUAAAAGAGCUGAAAAGCGUUCCCCACAGAGACUUCUACAAUGUCAGAAAGGUGGACACACAUAUACACGCUGCUGCUUGCAUGAACCAGAAGCAUCUGCUGAAAUUUAUAAAGACCACAUACCAGACAGAGGCAGAUCGUGUGAUACUGGAGAAAGGCUGUCAGAAGGUCACACUCAAGGAAGUCUUCAACAACCUCCACAUGGACCCCUACGACCUCACUGUAGACUCGCUGGAUGUGCAUGCUGGAAGACAAACGUUUCACCGUUUUGACAAGUUCAACUCCAAAUACAACCCCGUGGGAGCCAGCGAACUGCGAGAGAUUUACUUGAAGUCAGACAACUACAUCAAAGGAGAAUACUUUGCACGUCUCGUCAAGGAAGUAGCUAAGGAGCUGGAGGAUAGUAAGUACCAGCAUGCUGAGCCCCGUCUGUCGAUUUACGGCCGCUGUCCCAGUGAAUGGGAUUGCCUGGCAACCUGGUUUAUCCAGCACAAGGUCCACUCGCCCAACAUGAGAUGGAUGAUCCAAGUUCCCAGGAUCUAUGACAUUUUCAGGUCAAAGAAAUUAGUACCACACUUCGCCAAGAUGCUGGAGAACAUUUUCCUCCCCCUCUUUGAGGCGACAGUCAAUCCGCAGAAGCACAAAGAAAUACAUGUAUUCUUAAAAUACGUGACAGGCUUUGACAGUGUGGAUGACGAGUCCAAACACAGCGACCACAUGUUCUCUUACAAAAGCCCGAAGCCUGAGGCGUGGACCACAGAUGACAACCCUCCCUACACCUACUACCUGUUCUACAUGUACGCCAACGUCAUGGUGCUAAACAACCUGCGCAAGGAGCGAGGACUGAACACCUUCCAGUUUCGUCCCCACUGUGGUGAGGCUGGCUCCAUCACCCACCUCGUCUCCGCCUUCCUCACAGCCGACAACAUCUCCCAUGGACUCAACCUAAAGAAGAGUCCAGUGCUGCAGUACCUGUACUACCUGGCCCAGGUCCCGAUCGCCAUGUCCCCGCUGAGCAACAACAGCCUGUUCCUGCAGUACUCCAAGAACCCUCUGCCAGAGUUUCUUCACAAAGGCCUCUGUGUGUCGCUGUCGACUGACGACCCCAUGCAGUUCCACUACACCAAGGAGGCUUUGAUGGAGGAGUAUGCCAUCGCAGGCCAGUUGUGGAAGCUGAGCACCUGUGAUUUGUGUGAGAUAGCCAGGAACAGUGUGCUGCAGAGCGGCCUCUCACACCAGGAGAAGAAACACUUCAUUGGUUCCAACUACCUCCAGGGUGGGCCAGAUGGCAACGACAUUCGUCGGACAAACGUGGCGCAAAUCCGCAUGGCCUACCGUCACGAGACUCUGUGCAAUGAGCUCAGUUUUCUAGUGGACGCAGUGAAGGCGGAGGUUGACACUAGCCAAGCUAAUUGAUUAACUACGCCAGCUCAGACUUUACCUGGAUACGUCCUCAGGGGAUAAAGGGCUAUGAGUUAGACGCCAUAUUCUUUUUUUUUCCCCUUUUUUUUUUUUUUACAUUGUCUUAUAACUGUUUCUGACCCAGAUUUGAAAAAAGGGGGUUCUUACUAUUUUUUGUUGACCUUGGUGCAGGCAUUCGGAGUGGCCUACUUAACGUAGCAUGAUAAAAACUUGUUUUUAAGACUGUAUUCAAAGCUGCAUCAACAAACCUCGCCCAUCACUGUUUGCCUCAUUUUAUUGGGAUACAGGUUUAAUGUCUUUUGAAGGGUGUGAGUCUACUUGUGGAUUUGGACAUAUGAAAACCUGAUUUAGAAUUGAGACGUUUAGAAGCAGGAUAUAAAAUGAUUUCCACUGAGAUAGUUUUCCAAAAGUAGCACUGCAUGCUGAAUUUCUUUGUGUCACUUUUGCACAUAUGCAUGUUUCGAAAGACUUGAAAGACUCACGCCUGUAGUCCUUAGCAAGUGUAUGAGGAAAAAAAUAAUAAUUUGAGGCUGCAGUCAGGUUUGCCUUUUCACAAUGAGUAUGUCAAUUGCAUGAUUUUGACAGAGAGGAGUAAGAGGCCAGGCAAAUAUUCACAGUGGCAGAUGCAAGUGUACCUGAGACUUAAAGCUAGUGUUCUAAGUGAAAUCACUUAUCACAAACCCGUUAAACUCACAACUGUGAAAAGACUCAUUAGAAGGAUUUUCUUUUUUCUUAUGUUUGUAAUUUCUCAUGGUUUUUCAUACGUAAAAUAAAAAACUGCAAAAGAGUCGAGAAUGUUUUUGCAUAAACAAAUAUUCACACUGGAGAAAAUGUUACCGGAGAGUUUCAGUUUAAUAAAUUGACUGAAUGAUUAAUCGGUUAUCAAAAUGACUGUUUAUCAAACUAAACUUACUAUUUUGAGAGACCAGUUCUCAGUUUUUUGUACCUUUUAACUGUUGAAAGGGUGUUAGGAAUUAAAGCCUCAACGCUGUUUGAAACCCACUUUUAAAUUUGUGAAAACUUUAUUUUAUUCAUGAAAGUGGGAAAGGGAGAUUUCACUGCCCCCCCC